CGUACAGCGAUACAUACAAGAUGGCGUCUGGCAGUGGGGCAAAGAAUGACUUUCGUAGAAAGUGGGAUAAAGAUGAGUACGAACAGUUGGCACAGAAACGGCUCACGGAGGAGAGAGAGAAGAAAGAUGGCAAGCCCUCUCCCCCGGUUAAGCGCGAGCUGCUACGACACAGAGACUACAAGGUGGACUUGGAGUCCAAGCUGGGGAAGACCAUCGUCAUCACAAAGACCACGCCGCAGGCGGAGAUGGGCGGGUAUUACUGCAAUGUGUGUGACUGUGUCGUGAAAGACUCCAUCAACUUUCUGGACCACAUCAAUGGCAAAAAACAUCAGAGGAACCUGGGCAUGUCCAUGCGUGUGGAGCGCUCCUCACUGGACCAGGUGAAGAAACGCUUCGAGGUCAACAAGAAGAAGAUGGAGGAGAAACAGAAGGAGUAUGACUUUGAGGAGCGCAUGAAGGAGCUGCGAGAGGAGGAGGAAAAGGCAAAGGCCUAUAAAAAGGAGAAACAGAAGGAGAAGAAGCGCAAGGCGGAGGAGGACCUGAACUUUGAGGAAGACGACGAGAUGGCUGCUGUGAUGGGAUUCUCAGGGUUUGGCUCUUCUAAGAAGGGUCACUGAUAUGGCCCUCAGACAGGCCGCGGCCCUGCACCCAGUGUAACUGUCUCCCCGCCCAUUCUCACCCACUUAAAGAGGGAAGCAGCAGCAGUAGUAGUCAGUUCUUACUACAGCAGGCAUGGGAGCCUAGAGCCUCAGUUAGUCCUUGACCUGAUCCCAACCUUUGCUGUCACACACACACAUGCUUUCCUCUCUCUCUCUCUCACUCU